AUGGGCGCGCGAUACGGCAUGCCUAUCGACAUGUGGUCACUAGGGUGCAUUUUGGCGGAGCUGCUAACAGGCUUUCCCUUACUACCCGGUGAAGAUGAAUUGGACCAGAUGGCGUGUAUUAUCGAACUCCUAGGCAUGCCGCCGCAGAAGCUCAUCGAGCAGGGGAAGAGAUCGAAAAACUUCAUUAGUAGCAAAGGCCUACCACGGUAUUGUACGGCUACCACGCUUCCUGAUGGGGUCACGGUUCUUGGUGCAGGUAUGUCAAGAAGAGGAAAGCCAAGAGGUCUGCCCGGAUCGAGAAGUUUUGUCACUGCACUCAAAGGCUGCCAGGACAAGUUCUUCAUCGAUUUUAUUAGAAGAUGCUUAGAAUGGGAUCCGGAGAAGCGUCUGACGCCCGCACAAGCGCUGCGUCACGCGUGGCUGCGCCGCCGGCUGCCGCGGCCGCCGCACGACGACGAGCCGCACGCCGCGCACGCACAGCCGCAGUCCCACGCGCAGCCGCACCAGCACGGACAGGCCCAGCCCGUGCCCGCCAACCACUCGGGCGGCGCGGGGGGUGCAGGGGGUACGGCGGGUGCGGCCGCGGGGGCGGCGGGUGCGGGUGUGGCGGGGACGGCUGCGGGGGGGACGGCUGCCGGGAGCACGGGGGGCGUGGGCGGUCGCAGCGGCUCGCUACGGACGCCCCUCGCGCGCACACCGGUCACCUUCAACGCAUCCCAAGUCGCCAAAGCGAAGCUGCAGGCGGCGCUGUCGGAGGAGAGCGGGUCGGGGCGCUACUGGGCCGCCAAGCUGCCGCACCUGCCCGCGCCUUCCUAG